ACUCGCCGUGAGAUUUACGGGACUCUCAAAUAGUUAAAUCCUGCAUAAAUCUCGUUUCCACAGCCCCUCAGACGAUUAGCCCUUGUUUGGUUGAUACUAGAAGCCAGACAUAGUCGUUACCUAGGCCGUUUGUCCUUAGGAGCACCUUCCCUCUUGUGGUUGCUUUCCUGCUCAUUGCCGUACAUUGCCGAACUGUCCCUACCUCUAUUCUCCGUUUUCUUUCUCCUGCAAAACGGCAGUCGUUGAUCUUCUACAGCGGUAUUGCUCGCUGAAAGCACUGCAGUCCUCUCAACUUACCUCGUCGGAGAUAAUUCAUGGCGUCGUCAGAUGAUGAAGAGGUGGUAGUUCCGCAAUCAGUUACAAACUACCAUUUUGUGGACAAAGAUGGUGUGCCCAUCUCAUUUUCGACUUUACCGAUAAUUAUAGAUGAUGAGAAGGCAGAGGAUCCCAAGCACCUGGUGUCUGUACGUGGAACCAUGGAUGGAGGCCUUCAGUCGGUCUUCAAAGAUGUGGUUGCGUGGAAGCUGAGAUUGGAUGGUGAUGGUCCGGAGAUUUCCGUACUUUCUAAGGACAACAAAUGGAUAAAGCUUGAGAAGCCGAAGAAGAGCUAUGAGGAGUGUAUCAGAACAACAUUGAUCACGAUUCAUUUGCUUCAUUUUUCCAAAAAUAAUCCGGAGGCAUCUGUGAAGAGCUUUUGGGAACAUCUGCGCCAAGCUUUAAGCUUGCUUGAUGAUAGACCAAGCCAAGAUGACUUCAAAGAUCAUAUGCAACUGAUUAAGUUGUUUCUAGAGAGAGAUGAAACCUUAGCCAAGUCUCAGAUUUUGCAGGCAUUUCUUAAGAAUCCCGAAAAGGCUUUUGUCAAGGAUUUACAUAAUGUUCUAGAAGAAAGGCCAUUUAUUAUUGAUGAUGAGAUGGAAGGUGGCAUUGUUGAUGAUGGCGAGGAGUCUGAGGAAGAAUCAGAUCUGUUUGAUUCUGUGUGUGCCAUUUGUGAUAAUGGUGGUGAAUUGCUUUGCUGUGAAGGAAGAUGCUUGAGGUCCUUCCAUGCAACUAGGAGAGCUGGAGCAGAUUCAGAUUGUGCAUCGCUUGGCCUCACGAGGGUUCAAGUUGAGGCUAUGCAAAAUUUUUUGUGCAAGAACUGCAAGUUAAAGCAACAUCAGUGUUUUGCCUGCGGGAAGCUCGGUUCCUCUGAUAAAUCUGCAAAUGCCGAGGUAUUUUGUUGUGUUUCCGCCACAUGCGGUCGUUUCUACCAUCCCAAAUGUGUUGCUGACCUGCUGUUUCCAGAAAAUAAAAUUGAAGCAACUGAGUUGGGGAAAAGGAUAGCAGCUGGGGAGUCGUUUACUUGCUCAGUUCAUAGAUGUAUUGUUUGCAAGCAGGUUGAAAAUAAGGAGGUUGAGGAGUUACAGUUUGCAAUGUGCAGAAGGUGUCCUAAGUCAUACCAUAGAAAAUGUUUGCCAAGGAAAAUUGCCUUUGAAGAUGAUGAAGAUGAAGACAUUAUCCAAAGGGCAUGGGAGGGGCUUCUUCCCAACCGCAUCCUCAUAUACUGCUUGAAACAUGAGAUUGAUGAUGAGCUUGGAACUCCCUAUAGAGAUCACAUUAUAUUUCCAGAAAUUCAUGAGAAGAAGAGGGAAACGGAUGUCCAGAAAUCUAGACCAAAGAAGUUUAUGCUUGGUUCUGGCAGAAUGGGGGAUCUAAAGCUUUCAAAACCUGCAAAAAGGUUUGAGAAGGUUCCUGCGACUGAUUCAGAUGAUGCUAUGUUAACUGGAGGCAAAACAUUUACCCAAAAAGUUUUGGACUCCCAGUCUAAGUGGAAAAUGCCUAAGAAAGAUGCAAAACUUGCUGUGAAGAAGGCUGAAUCAAAGGAAUUUGUGGAAUUUGGCUCAACAAAGGAUUUUAAACCAAUUCUUGAUAGUGAAAGGGCUUUAAUUGGUAAGGCAAAAGUUCCAAAGUCUGCAGUGGCUGUGCCUGGGAAACUUUUCAACACAGCUCCAAAGAUAUUGCCUGAAAUAAGAAAAGAGAUUCUUACUUUGGUUGAAGAAGAAGCAUCUUCAUUAACGCAAGACGACAUCAGGAAAAUGCUUUCAAAACCUUCCACUUAUUCAUCUGCUGUAGGACAAAUUGAUAAGAGUAUCACACUCGGAAAAAUUGAGGGUGCAAUUGAGGCUGUUCGUAACGCUUUGGAGAAGUUAGAAGGGGGUGGAAAUGUGGAGGAUGCCAAAGCUGUGUGUGAGCCUGAAAUUCUCAAGCGGCUAAUUAAGUGGAAUGUUAAACUCAAAGUAUAUCUUGCACCUGUUCUACAUGGCCCACGCUACUCAUCUUAUGGUCGUCACUUUACGAAGUUUGACAAGCUUCAAGAG